GCAACAUGAAAGAUUAUGAUUAUGGUGAAAUGUGAAAGGCAAGAGAAAGGUUGUUAGGUUGUUUGGGUAAUCUGAUUUUAGAUUGUUAUGUUGAAUGAGAUUACAAAUCACAUAAUGAAUUAAAGUAGAGAUAGUUGAAGCUGACACUAGUCUCAAUGAGCAUACAAAGAAUAAACCCGAAGUUUAAUCAUCAAGUGUUAUAAAAGAUGUUCAAUUUACUCAAUUCCUUACAGCUUUGAUAUCAGAUUAAGCAGAAAAAAUGAGCAAGUUAAUUGAUUACUUUGUAAUAUGUGGUCUUGAUUACAGCUCUGGUUUAGAACCAGACAAACUUACAGAGGACAACCUACAUGUCUCUCCACUGGAACGAUCAUAUAAAGGAAAAGUUUUGGCGCAUUAUCCUAACAAUGUACCAGCAAAUCCGUUUGACGAAUCAGCUGUAUGCAUGUUUUCACUACCAGCUGGACUCAAAUUUCGUACUCAGAAACAUUCAGUGACUCAAGCUCCAAAUUUUCAUUCAUAUAUCAUAACACGAGAAGAUGGAAAGAGGUGUUUUGGGUUCAGUCUUAUCUUUUAUGAAGAAGUACAAAGUAGGGAUAUCAAGGAAGCAAUGCACACACUGCAGUCCAUGUAUAUCACAGAACUAUCCAGUGGACUACGAGUAAGAUCUCUACAAAAUAGCCAAAACCAGGGACCUCAGUCAAAAUCUUUACCCAGGUACUUCAAAUUAAGUCACAAUCCCAGUGGUGCAGCUUUAACGUACUAUGAUAUUUCUAAGGAUAAAUUGUAUGUGUCAAAAAGUAUUGGACUUAUCAGCCAGCAUGGCUAUGUUCAUGCUAUGCGGAUAUUUUUGGAGAAUUUGUACAGAUGUGUUCCAAAACAUUCAAACUCAGCUGGUUCUCUAAGUUUGGAAAGUUAUGUGUUCAAUUUAUUAUAUGAAGUUCAAUUACCUACUCCCGGAAAAAGCCUGUUGGUUCACUUGCCACCGUCAGAUCCUCAGUUACCGCCGACGAACGUUAUAAUACAAAAUUCUCUGCCUCCCUUGGAACUUCCACAUCACGAUUACCCUCUCAGAUUGCUGUUUUUAUGGUUGGGAGUCGACAUUGCUGUGCAGCUAUUUACUUGUCUUUUGUUAGAGUAUCAGGUACUCUUGAGGAGUACAGAUCCUCAAAAACUAAUGGUUGUGGCAGAAGGCAUUACUUCUUUGCUAUUUCCUUUUACGUGGCCCCAUGUGUAUGUGCCAAUCAUGCCAGCAUCUUUGCAUCAUUUUUUGGACGCACCUGUACCUUUUUUAAUGGGGUUGUAUGCGACAUCGGAAAAUCUCAAAGUGGCUUCAGAGGCUAAUCUGUGUUAUGUAGAUAUAGAUAAGUGUAAAGUACAGCUACCCGAAGAGAUGGCAGCAUUUCCGCAUUUAGAGCCGUUCACUGCUGAAAUUUGGUCUGUUCUGGAUAAGUACAGCGUACAUAUACCUAACAGUGAAUUCUCCAGAAAUACUCAGGAAAUAAUCUCAAGAAGCAGUACAUUACCGGGUCGUCCACACAACCUGCGAAAACUGUCAAUUCAUGAUACUCUAGAUAACGAACGGCCUCCUUCUCCUCCCGGUUCAGCCAGAUCGGAGGCCCUGCAAAGAAUAGCGGACAUAGUUCGCAGGACUGGUGUAACUUUAGAGCCAAACGAAACAAAUCAACCCUCAGAUUCCUAUUUUGAAGAUCUCAGAUUCAACAAUGCACUUAGAGAGAUAUUUUUAAAUAGAUUUGUGCACAUAUUUCAAUCCUAUGAGAAUUUUGUUAUAUUUCCUAAUCAGGAUAAAGAAGACUGGUUUAAUAAUAGAGACUCCAUGCAAAACUUUGACAAAGCUUCUUUUUUAUCAGAUCAACCCGAGCAAGACAGAAUGUUUUUGUGGAGGUUUCUCGAAUCUCAAAUGUUCGCCACGCUUAUAGAUAAUAAAAUUCUGUCUAUUUGGGGAGAAGUCGACUGCAACCUUACGAUAUUCGAUAAUAGAAUAAAAGUACUCAAGAAAAGAUUUGGGAACGAGAUGAGGUCUGUAUGCUAUGAGCCUUGUAUUAGCGCUCACGAUACUCAAAAACCGAUUGAUAGAAGACUGGCGUAUCCCGAUUUCGAGUCUCCACUGCCUAGGGAGAUUCUGAGCUCCAGAAUUGUUGCUUGUCGACAGUUUCCUAUCCUAGAUAACGAAAUACUGAACAAAACUCCUAUAGUAAACAAAGGAAGCAUACCGAGAGCUAGUGCAUUAAAAAAAGGACUGAGUUUUUCUAAGCCGCCUGUAGGGCCUAAUGAUAAAAAUUUGAAAAGUUCUAAUAAUCAAGACGUGUCACCUGCCGUUAUAGCACAGGCAAACUGGACAUUCGUCGAAAAACUUUUAAAAGACUGUAAAGCAAAAACCAAAAGAAUGCUACUGGCCAAAUUGGGAGCCGAAGGUGUCACUUUAUCCAGUGGCAACAACGCAGUGGACAGCUUCGGUGCCGUGGAAGAAAGUACAUUAAUCACGUCGUUGUGCGAUUUUCUGGAAAGAGUUUGGUCCCAUGGACUACAAAAGAAAAGAAGCAAAUCGGCGCUGUGGUCUCAUCUACUCGCCUACCAAGAAAAAUAUCAGUAUCUCAACAAGAAAGAUAAUCAUUUCGGUACUAAUGACGUCUCGAGCUUAACCACUAAUUUAGAGAACUGGAGUGGACAUUUGGAAGAUGCUAAAUUAAGAUCUGAGUUACCCGAGUUGCCUUCGUCUAUAUUAUUUGAUAUAACGAACAUCCAAGCUAUGACAGAUGUAAAAACAGCAAUAGGAAUGGCCAGGGCUUGGGUACGACUAGCAUUAGAAAAGAAACAACUCUCUAAACAUUUUCGAACAUUACUGUCCGAUCAAAGUUUGCUCAGGACUCUGUACAAACGACUAGCUUUCGUACGAUCCGAAGAAGAACGCGAACAAUUCCUUUACCAUUUGCUCUCUUUGAACGCUGUGGACUAUUUCUGUUUCACCUGCACCUACCCAACAACUGUGAUACCGUACCGUAUUGUGAUUGUACCAAAUAAGAAAGCUACAACAUCGUCGGCGAAUGUGUGGAUGGUUCUGUCAGGAACUCUUUCAGAAACGAAUCGACUUGUAGUUCCAAAAGCAACGUUAAAUUUUGAAUAUAAGCAUCAAAAUUUGGGCGUUUUAACGACAUUGAGGAUCGGCCAUGACAAUACAGGACUUUAUGCCAAGUGGAUGAUUGAAUACAUCUUCGUAAGAAAUGACAUAUCUGGCCACACGUACAAAUUUCCGUGUGGUCGUUGGUUGGGACGAGGAGUGGAUGACGGUUCGACUGAAAGGCUUCUAGUUGGUAGUUUAAUGUCCAGAAAGGAAGAAGUCGAAGAAAUUACGAUAAAGUCCAGUGGUGGUAGUUUGGGCAGGUCAACGCCAAGAUCCAGAUCGCCGGCUAUUGCUCCAAGAAGUGAGAUGAAACCAUCGCAAAUUCAACAUAUGCUAGGUGACUGUGUAAACAAAAUCAUCAAGUGGCAUCAUAGAAGAACAUCAGAACGGCAUACAACGCUAACAGCCCUUCUUUGUAGUGACAACGGCCUAGUUUUCUGUCUAGAAAACGUUUUUCUACUUGGUUUCAAAUCUGCAAGACUUUUUAUGGGAAAACAUUAUCUUUGGGACUACUUUGUACGAGUCAAAGAACAGUUUGAGAUGGAAUUACUGGAAGAAGUAUCUGGGAACCGGACGCAUAGUUUGGAGAGAAAUCAUCAGGAAACCGUAGCCGUUUGGAGGUGUUACUGCCAUCUUAUUGAAGAAAUAAACCAGACUAGUAAGACUCUUGGGAAAGAUGGAAAAUUUCAGCAGUUUAUUUGUCUCAGUGUUAGAGAGCAUCUUUUGCACCGAAUGUUAGUGCCCAUGUCAAAAUGUAAGGUAACCCAAGAGAUGUACGAAGAAAAUUCAUUUCUUCGGAAAAAAGGUCUGUUGACGUUUUUGUGGCAGAUAUUACUACCGUUGGAUGAACUUGAUGUGGUUCUUGAGAAAACAGUUUCAGAUGGCAUAUCUUCGCCGUCUUCCCACAUUUAAGUUAGUUGGGUAAAAUUUUUUGGAAUGUCAAAUACAGCUCUUAAUAUUAAGUUAUUCGAUGAUGACGUGGAAAAAUAAUUUAAAAUUAAAUUUUACCAAUUUAGUUGAAAAAUUUUGUCCAAAACAUUAAUAAUUGCUUUUAUUUUUUUUAACGGAAUGAGAAGAGGAAGGAAUAAGAAAGAAGGGGUCUUUAAAUUAAUUUUAUAUGCAAUAUUUUUUACUAUCUAUAAUGUUCUGAAGUUAUUUUCUUGUCUUAAUGCAAUUUACUAUUUGUGUUGGGAAUAAGCCACAAUUUUACUUUAAUAUAAGUUUACUUGACGUUUAGAUUUCCACUUCAAAAAUCGUUCUCAAAUACAAAACAUUAAUAAAAACAAAUCUUGUUUUUUGUUACUUGGUAAAAAUUCUCUAAUAAUUUCACUUUAUCUGACUCAUUCAUAUUGACAAUUCAGACAUACUUGUAUUAUACAUUUUAAAGUGGAUGACUUUAAAAUGAUAUUGUCAAUAUUUUUGAGUUGCGUUCCUGGAACGACUUUAUUGGAAGAUAUUUCAUUCGAUUACAUGAAAUCAUAUUUAACUGAAGAAUAUCCGUCAAAAAAAUCAUAGCAUGUGAUUUGUCUUCAAAAAGACAACUACAUACAAUGAUGACAGUAAAAUUCUCUUGUUAGGAUCCCAUAGUAAAUCAUGGUGAACAACUCAUGAUACUAUCCUGACAUGGUAAGUAUUAGGUCUUAACAUUUAGUUUACUCUGAAUAUUAACACCAAACUGAUUUUAUGUGUAUGUCAUUUUAAAACAUAAAUGAUCAAUCUUCGAUGUUAUUGAGUUACUAAUACUGACGGAUUCUAUAUAUCCUACCCAGUUUGUAUCUCUAGGAUUUGUAUGUAAUUUCCGGUGGCAAUAAAUUGAGGUCAAAUCGUAUAUGUCUGUGAACCAUAGAUUUAAGAAGCCCGAGAUGUAACAUGAACCUAUUUAGAUAGCUGUGCGAAUGUUGCCUUGUUUCUAAACAGAAUCGUUGGGGUGGGGAGCUUCUACAUAAAUGAAACAGAGUUGGAUUCAGAAUAAUUAAUAAUAUUUAUUGAAUUAGUUUCGAAUAUAACACACAUUAAUAUAAACUUAUUUAACUAAUUACAUUAAUCGUAUUGAUUAAUCACAAAAAACAAGAAGAUAUCUUAAAUUUAAAAUUAAUAUUUAAAUGUAGGAUAUGCACACGUUUGAAAUAUGCCGUGUACAGUUUUCUGGGAGGUAGUAUUGUAAGAUCACACAUUUUUUCCUGGUAAUUAGGAUGUACUCCAAAGUAGAGAUAGCUGAAGAUGAUGUAUAAACCCUUUUUUGAAUGGAAGAUUCAGUAAUAUUUCUUGAACUAAAUUUAAAAACUACUUUGUCUACCGUAUAUUUAUAACAUAAAGUUUUACCGUUGAUUGAUAAAUACGGAAAGAUACGAAACCCUAUGCAUUAUUUUGUUGUCUUUAAAACCUGCCCGUAUAGUGGCGCGCCUAGCUUAAAUUUGUUGGAACUAGCCUUAGAGGGAAGUGUAAAAUUCUCCCUACUCAAGGAACUAGCCAAGAACACGCGGUUAUUUCACGUGGCCCGUAUUCAAAAUUUUAACGCAGCAGUCACUAUCAUAUUAAUCUGUAUUAAUUUUUUUUUGUUUUUGUUUCUGCAAAAAUGUUGAAAAUAUAAAUUGACUAUAGAGUUUUUUUCACUACUCUUGACCUCACAAGUAAAUACUUUUCGAGUUAUUUGCGAGUGAAUAUAUUCAUUUCUCAAAAAAUAGUAGGUACGUUUUUAGACGGAUUUUCGCAAAUAACUAAAAAAGGAAGUAUUUCACCAAAAAAACAUUCAUAGCAAAAAUACAGCUUAUCAAAAAGUGAAAAAAAUGUUUUAUAUAAAUAUGACAUAUUAUGAAGUCGUAGACCCAGUAAAAGCAGUAUAUAUACUAUAGCUAUAAUGAAAAGUAGGUUCUUAUUAUUUGUCAAAUUCAAAAUUGAAUAUUUCUACAUGAAAUAACCAAAAAAUUAAGAACUUUUCGGGGAAAACUCAUCAUAAAUUUUUUAAAAAGUUUAAAAUAAGCUUUAUUUUUUUGAGUUUCUAGUAUCAGAAGUAAACAAGUUGCGCACAAAAUAAAGUUGAUCCUUUUUUUUUGUAAAAAAUAUCUAAAAAUCACCUCCUAAUUAGCAUCUCAAAUGAAAUUAAUCAGUAGCGCUUCAUAAGUUACUUUACGUAUGUAUGCUUAUUAUAGAGGAUCUGUAAGUUUCAUCGGUUCAUAGUGCUUAUUUUUGAAAGGCUGUAGUUAAAAGGGCUUCAAUGAGUCACUAAUCACGAGUAUAUGCAAAUUCGGAACAGCCAUAUCUUAACCAAUUUUUGUAUUACAGAAAAACAAAAUAUUCAGAAAACCAAAACCUUUAUUGGGAUAUUUCGUAUCACAAGUUAUUUAAAAAAAAAGGCAUUUUUUUCAAAAUAAAAAAAUACUGUAAAACUAAAUUUACGAUGAAAUUUACAGAUCAUGUGUAUUAUAAACAAUACAUAAGUAAAGUCACUUGUGAAGCGGUAACAAUAAUUUGAUUUUAUUCGUCUUGAGGGGCCAAACGAAAAACACAAACUACUUUUUUUCUUUUUAAAUCGUGUGCUGUUGUGAUUUAUAGCAAAUUUAUAGCAUCUCUUUCGAAAUAAAAAUUUUAUGCAAGUUCCCUUUUAGAGGGUGAUUUUCACGCUUUUUUAAAACUAUUUUUACAAAAAAGGACCAACUUUAUUUUCAGCGUAACGUGCUUACUUUAUGCUAGAAACAUUUUUAAAAACAAAAACAAAGCUUUUUAAACACUAAAAAAGUUGCGAUGAGUUAGCAAAUUUAUAGCAUCUCUUUCGAAAUAAAAAUGUUAUGCAAGUUCCCUUUUAGAGGGUGAUUUUCAAGCUUUUUUAAAACUAUCUUUUACAAAAAAGGACCAACUUUAUUUUCAGGGUAACGUGCUUACUUUAAUGCUAGAAACUUUUUUAAAAACAAAAACAAAGCUUUUUUAAAGAAAUGUGCUUUAUUUUUUGGUUAUUUCACGUUGGAAUAUUCGAUUUGGAAUUUGACGAAUAAGAACUUACUUUCUGCUCUAAGAAGCAGGACUACAACUCUGCUUCUACUGAGUAUAAAGAUUUUAUACAGACAUUUUUUUUUAAUUUUUUAUAAAGUAUAUUUUUAUUGAAUACCUUUUUCGAUAAAAUACUUACUUAUUGUGUUAUUUGCGUAAAACCGUCUAAAAACGUGUAUUUUUUUGUUAAAAAACGAACAUAUUCACUCUCAAAUAACUCGAAAAGUAUUAGCUUAGUCAAAAAACUGAAUGGAAUAAAACUUGCUACAAUGAAUCAGUUUAUCCACUUGAUAGAUACUAGAUAGUAUUAGACUUAUUGAUAUUAUAGCUACCUAGCCUUAUACAAAGUGGAUUUAGAAAGUCCACAUCUACAUUAGACAACCUAGUGGAUAUUGAAUCUGUAAUUCAUGGGUAAUUUGGAUGUGAUGAAGUAUGUUUGGCUUAUGGCUAUCUUUUAUUAUAUUGUAUAACGCGUGCCAUUUGGGGAUUAGAUAUAAGAAUUCUAUUAAGUUGGUCAAUUCCAGGAAACAUAAAAUUUAUUAGUAAUUUCCUAUAUAGACGAAACUUAUUCGAAUAGAUAACGUCCUUUUAGACUCAAAAAUCCAAUUAAACGACAUUCCUCAAUUGUCUACUCGUUGCACUUUUCGUUAUUGCAAUCAAUGACAUCGCUAAAUCACUUAACCCACUAGUCAUUUAGAAAUUAGAGAAUUGGUCAAACACUAUUGGCCUAGAAUUUUCUCCCACUAAAACGAAAACAAUAAUCUUCAGUAAAACUCCAAAGAAGCACAUUAUACUACCAAAAAUCUACCUAAAGAAUUUCUUCUUCUACUUUUUCUUUUAUAUAGGCAGUACUGCCUGUUUUUCUUCAACGGUGCCUUUCAUUCUGUCCCUAAAUUGUCAUUCCAUCUUUUCCUUGGGCAUCCUAUACUUCUUCGGCCUAACGGUGACUUGUCCCUGGCUAUUCUUAUUAUCCUUGAUUCAGACAUCCUUCUUAUGUGUUGAUUCCACUCUUCUUUUCUAUUCUUUACCCAGGUAUUUAUAUUGUCUACCCCACAUAUGCAUCUGAUUUCCUCACUUCUUACCCUGUCCCGUAGUCCUUUUCCAGCAAUCCUUCUUAAAAUCUUCAUUUUGUUGGUAUCCAGACAUCUUUGUAUUUUGCUUGCAUCUGGUCUUGUUUCGGCAGUGUAAGUCAUAACUGGUCUAAUAAAUUCAGUCAAAUGACUUAUAUAUUCGGUCCUUUGAUUCCACUCUAAGGUAUUUGUUUUUCCAAAUUGUGUCGUUUAGGCAUCCGGCCGUUCUACUGGCUUUAAUUAUUAGUCUUUAACCUCUUCUUCGAUAUUAUUGUCGGCUGAUAGAUUAAUUCCCAGGUAUUUACUUUUAUUGUCUAAGUCCAAUUGGCAUCUUAUUGGUUCUUUGGAUGUUACUAAGCUUUUUGUUUUUGGGCUAAUAUUUUCAUAUUCAUUUCUUUUGCGCUAAUGUUGAAUUCGUGCAGUAAUCUUUGUAGGUCGUCUUCGCACUCUGCUACACGGUGUCAUCAGCGUAACAGAGUAUUUUUAUCUCUUUAUCGCCCAUUUUUUACCCUCUUUUUUCUUCACUUGUUUUAUCAUUGCAGCCAGCGUUAUGUUUAACAGUAGAGGGCUUAGUGAAUCUCCUUGCUUGAUUCCUGUGUUUGCUUCUAUAUGGAUUCUGUUAUUAUUCCAUUGACUUCAUUUCUAUUUUAUUUCGUACAUAAAGGUUUUCUAUCAGUUUUAUAAUAUCCAGUGGUAAAUUUUUGUCAUGUAGUAGGUGUAUCACGUCUUUUAAUUGUAUUCUAUCAAACGCUUUCUCUAGGUAUAUAAAACAGAAAAACCCUCGCUUGUUAUACUCUAAUGAUUUCUCCGCUAUUUGUUUUAUCACAAAAACUGCAUCGUUAUGAUCUUCCCCUUCUAAAUCCUUGUUGUUCAACCGAUAUAUUUAUGCACGCCAUUAUUUUCUUCAUCAGUAUUUUUGUUGGGGAGUUUCAGUAUAGUGCUCCGUAAAUUAAUCCCUCUAUAAUUACUGGGGUCUGCCCUAUCACUUUUCUUAAAUAACGCUAUCAUCUAAGUGGUACUCCAUUCUUCUGGAAUUCUUCCUGUAUUUAUUAUUUUACUUAUCAGGAUAUUCAGUUCUUUGUGAAGUCUCUCUCCUCCGUAUUUUAAAAGUUCAUUAGCUAUUCCAUCUUUCCCUGGUGCUUUUCGAUUUUUCAUCUGUUUUAAGGCGUUCGUUAUCUUCCUCUUUAAUUUCUGUUUGCUCAUCCGAUUCUAAUCCUGGUUUUCCAGUUCUUCAUGAUUAGCUGUUUGAUACAGGUUUUCGAGGUAAGUUGUCCAUGUAUUUGUAUCAAUAUGUUUUACUUCUACUAUCAAUUCCUUCAUCUCUGCUGUUUGACCUCUUAUCAUUUUCCACAUUUCCUUUUGCAUCCCGUAUAAGUCGUGCUCCAUCUCUUUUAAAAAUGCUUACCAAUGUUCUGCUUUCUUCCUUCUUACUAUUGAGUUUAACUCAUUUCAAACUCUUUUAUAUUCUUCACAUAUGUUUGUCUCGUUCUUUUGAAUUUGUAUUCUAGCUAGAUUUUCUUUUUUUUUGGCAUUUUAUUUUUAUUUCUUCACAGAUCCAUGGGGUGUUCUCCUUUUCUUUCGUAUAUGAUUACUUAUCUUACGAUCUCCAAAUGCGUCCGUUGCUGCCAUUUUGAUAUUAUCUCUAAUCUUCCUCCAAAUUUCUUCUAUGUCUUCAUCUGGUGUUAUGUAGUUUUCGUUCAGUACUUUUUGCAGUCCUUCUCUGGUAUAAAUCUCGUGUUGACAAGUCUUGUAGCUGUUUUACCUUUAUUCUUGUCUCACAUUCAAUAGGGUAUUUUUUCCUGUUUUUGUGUAGAUGUAUUCUGAUUUUUCCAAGUACUAGGUUGUGAUCACUUCCGAUAUUAGCUGCACUUAAACAUCUUAAUGUCUAGUACUUGAGAAUGAUGGAUGUUUCUCUUUGUCAAUAUAUAAUCAAUAUCGGAUCUGUGUGCUCUUGUAUUUUUGAAUGUAUAUUUUUCUUGAUCUUUGUGUCUGAAGAACGUAUUGUUUAUUCGAAAUUCGUUCUGAGAGCAAAAGUUAAUAAGUAGUUCCUAAAGAGUUUACAAUAAAUUAUUCAUAAUUGAUUAACUUCUUGGGAAUAAAACUGGAUAAUCGUCUAUCUUGGUAAGACAAUAUACACUCACUCCGCUCAACUUAAUGAAAAAUAUCUCUCAUAAACAAUGGGAUGUCGACGUCCAAACUCUUAUGACUGUUCACUGAAAUUUGGGUUUCAACCUAAGAUACGUCGGAAAAAUGAAAGAAUACCCAUGAACGAACAUAUAAAACACGCUGUAUUUUCCUGUCAUCAUGUCGCAAAGAAAAUUGCCCAGCGCAAGUACAUGUAAUAAUAAUUAUUACAUGUACCUGUGCUGGCCAAUUUUUUGUGUGACACGGUGACAGGAAAAUACAGCGUGUUUUUUAUGUUCGUUCAUGGGUAUUCUUUCAUUUUUUCUACUGUACAAUACGCUAAAGUGUUACGUUUGGCUUGUUCUCUUGUAUGUAAUUAAAAUAUCAUGGACAUAUUUAGGGACAUAUUGCGAGGAGAACGAUAUACUUGUCGGCAACUGGAACUCAAAGGAAAUAUAGAGGGUAAGAGAGGUCUAGAAAAAGAUGUCAUGGCUGGUUAAUAUAUUCGCCAAAUGAUAUUAAUGAAAUUACUCUUAAUAGAAUAAUGUAAUCGUGACUAUCUAAUAUCUCACCUGACAAUACAAUGCACGGUGGACGUCUACGCAGAAAUACACGGCACCUUUAAGAAGUAAAGUUAAUAAUAAAUAAUUCAAUAAUUAUACUUAGUCUCUAUUUUCCCCCUAACUCGGAAAAUAUCAACGGCACGAAAAAACUUGGAAGAAAUUGUUGGAAAUCGCGAUUGCAACCAUUCAUGAGUCCUUACCAUUUUGCUCUCGAAGAGUUUAAAGUGGCCGAGCGGGUUACUAAGUCAAUUUCAUUUAAGUAAAUACGUUUGCAAUAUCUCCAAACAAAAUAUACAAUUAUCAGAAGAGACUGUAAUUAACGAAAAUAACUACCUAUUUUUUUAUCGAGAUUAUGAGGCAAAUAAGAAAUGUACAAUAUCUAAAAUCACCGAGUGAGUAUUUUUCUCGUUAAAUAAAUUUUUUAUUAAAUAAAUUAUAUUAUUAUACAUAUAUAUUAUAUAAAAUUAUUAAAUAAACUUUAGAAUAUUUAAUGAUUUGUUUCAAGAAUUCAAAUUAGAAGACAAAUUACAACUACAAAAUUAUUCUUGCUAAUUUAAAAACGAGUUUAGAAAGUCAUACAUAGGUACAGGUACACUCCAAUAAUUAUUUUAAAGAUUGCCAUUGUUAUCGUUGAAUGAGAACUCAAAUUUAAAUGCAUCAAAAGAAUUAAAUAAUUUUUAUUUUAAUCCGAUCGACCCGACCGACCCCAAAUUCCGAUAACCAAAGCUACCUGAAUACGUCUCAUCGUUGUCUCAGGUAAAUUCAAUCUCGCACCUAGAAAGCUGCUAACGCCAUCUAUUUCUAAAACCACUGGUGUCGUACAUAAACGCUCAUUUAGUUUCGUAUCUUCCAGUAUAUUUAUCAGUCAACGGUUUUACAAUAAAAAUAAUCAAUGAUCAAAAACUAAAAAAUAUUUUUUUUACGAGCGUGCAAAAAUGUCUACUUUCGCGCACGCAUUUUAGUUUAGAAAGUUUCACUUUUCCGCACGCGUGUUACUUUUCCGCACGCGAUUUUUACUUUUCCGCACGCGUGUUAAUUUAGAUAUGUUAAUAUGGCCUUAAAGUAAUUAUAAUACAUGCAAUAAACUAAUAUUUAGAUAUUAUUUACUAAUUUAUUUCAAAUAUAUCUUAUUGUGUUCCUGUUUUAAUGAAAUUAACGCGACAAUUCGAUGAAAUAAAAUUAUUUUGACAUAAUAUUCGAAAGUCAAAUCGGUAGACAAUAACAGUCGUUUUGAAUCAUCGUCAUGGAAACCAAGAUCGUCGUCAUGCUAAUUAAUUAUAUUGAAAGUUUGGUUUUGACAACCUUGUCAAAGAAUUAAUUUGUGUAUGUAUUUUCAUAUUAAUUAAAUUAAUUGAUUAAGAUUUGGUAAUUUUUUAAAGACUCUUAGAAAAAAUGUUGUUCCUAACUCUUGCAGAAAGUCUCUUUUCCGCACUCGACUGCUUGCCGAACUCCCGCUUCGCGUCGUUCGACAAAACGUGUUUCACACUAUACUUUUUCUACAAGCACAGUUUUUCCUAAAAAUAAAAAUCACAAUUUCCAAACGACGAUUAAUUAUAAUAGGUACCUAUGUGAUAAAUUUUAAACUGUAUUUAAUUAAUACCUACUAAUCAAUUUAAAUUCCUUAUACCUAAAUAAAUUGCACAGAAAUCAGUUAAAAGAUUAAUGCACUGCCUUAAUUUGUUUAAAUUUAAACAAUUAUUACACAUUAUUGACAUUACAUUGUAUAUUUAUGCAGUCACGGAUUUACACAAAACCUACUUCAUUCGACGUCUCUUGCACAGGUUGCUAAAUCCUUAUUGGUUAUUUGAUAAUUAUAAAAUGUUUAAUAAGAAUAAAAUUGUAAAAUAAAACAGUUGUAACAUCCAUAAUUUAGUUUAUAUGCUAUAGUUAAAUAUAAUAAUUGUCUUAUAGGUUAUAUAUUUGUCUAAAGUUUAACCACGGAUGUAAACAGAAUAUAACGUUACUCAGAAUGCGGUAGUCCACUGAUGUAAACAGAAUAUAACGUUACUCAGAAUGAGGUAGUCAACUGUGCAGAAAAGAACUUUGCAGCACAGAAACGUCACUUUGCGGCACAGAAACGUCACUUUUCUGCACACUAAUAUCAAAUAUCUUAUACUGUGAGAAAAUAUCAAGUUUGCUAACAUAAAACCGUGCAGAAAAGUGCACUUUGAAUAGUGGUUGUAGAAAAAUAACUAUUCAUUGUCCAGACAAUAAUGUCAUUUUAUUAUGAAUAAUUAUUUUAAUUUUAAUAGUAUUUAUAACUGUUUUAUUAUAAUGAUGAAUUCGGACGUUAAUGUUGGUGAAAAUUAUUAAUUUUAUUAAACUGGAAUAAUGUGACUCUAAAAAGGAAUAAUGUUUGCAAUGGUUGCUUAAGUUCUUAAAUAAUAAUUGUUCUGUUAAUUCUUUUAUUAUUUGGAUAUUAACAAUAUUAACAUUAAUACGUUUAUUAACGUUUAUGUGGCACUGUAGCACUUUUUCGGCAGUAGAGCAAAUAAUAACAACAUCUUUGGAUGGAUAAGUUAAAUUUAAUGUACCUCUUUGGUUGAUGAAUGAUGUCAACAAGUCUGCUCGGUCUCGUAUAAGUGCGUUUACACAAUCUUCACAUUUCAAAAUUCUCGAUAUUUUAUAAAUGACAUAUCCUGAAAUGUAUAUAAUAACUUCUCUCUUGUAAUGUAUAAAUUAUAAGUUCCUUAAUUGAAGUGAUAUAAAAUUUGUAUUGGAUAUGUCAUCGUUAUCAUCAACACAUUUGUCUUCAACAAUUCGUUCUCUGCCAUAAGACUUAUUAUUUUUUUUUUUUCAGGAGCCAUAACUGUAAUAGGUCUGGAUCCCGCGUAUGAAAAAAAGUUGAUUAAUAGCAAGCUGAAAAUUUGUUAAUAGCUUAAGGGUGUCUAGUCGGAUAAACUUUGAUAUAUAGGAACACUGGAACAGGGGCAGUUUUAAUUGUGGAACAGGUUAAAAAUUUGGAACGGUCAGACCACGAAAAUGGCACAUUUAUUUUGCCCGACAGAAUAGACCUAAACUCUCCGAAUAGAGAUUAAGCUCUCAUGCAAAAAUCAGACUGCUAUUUAUCAUCUGUCAUAAUUCCUGUCAUUAAUAGCAGUCUGAUUUUUGCAUGAGAGUUUAAUCUCUGUUCGGAGAGUUUAAGUCUGUUCUGUCGGACAAAAUACAUGUGCCGUUUUCGUGGUCUGACCGUUCCAAAUUUUUAACCUGUUCCACAAUUAAAACUUCCCCUGUUCCAGUGUUCCCAUAUAUCAAAGUUUGUCCGACUAGACACCCUUAAGCUAUUAACAAAUUUUUAGCUUGCUAUUAAUCAACUUUUUUCAUACGCGGGAUCCAGACCUAUAAUCAUUUCUAAAGGAAUACAAUUUCCUCUAAAACUAUCUCUUAGUUCUAAAUGUUUUAACAUUUUUUUAUAAGCUGCCUUAAACUGUUUAGCAGUUGGAUUAUUGUUAUAACCCCCCAUUGAUCUAAUCAACCACAAAAAAAAGUUUUUUUGUAUUUAUUUUGUAUAUUUUUGUGUAAUAUUUUUUUUAAGUUAUAUUACAUUGCAUUAAUAUAAAACAUAUUUAGAAUCAACAACUAACAGACUACAUCUUGAGCAUAUAUUUAAAAAAAAAAUAAACAAAGCAAUACAUUGUUAAAAUAAGUACAUAACUCGGUACUUUUUACAAUUACAAACAAUCUGCCAUAAUGCCACCCUGGUGUCGAAUGUAAACAAAGCGGCAUUGGAAUUUGGAGCUUCGAACAUUAUCGGCGGUUCUUGUCACGAUACGAAGCUAAUGUCGACUCCAAUUGGUGGAAUAGCUUAGGUAGGGAUAAAAUAGAAUUUGGCACGCUGCGCAAUGAACGAUGUUACAUCUCGGGGUUUUCAAUAAUCUAAGCUGUGAACCGAACAUGAGAGUUCAUCAGACACAUGCCAACUUGUUAUUAUAUCAUUAUGUUAAUUUUUGUUUUGUUAUUAUAUCCGUAUAACCUUGCUUAUGCAGAGUGUUAAUUCCAACAUUCCUAUACUUGCUCUAGUGACAAAAGUUGGUUUGUUUCCUAUAUUGGAUAUAAUUAAACCUUCAGAUAAGAUGGAAUUCAAAAUAGACUCACCCCUUGCGUUAAUGUUUAUGCUGUCCCAUAUGGUGUGCGUCUGCAUCACAUCCUAUAAUGAGCUGUAAUCCUUUAGACUUAGACAAUACACAACUAUAUCGCUUAUAAUGCUUGGUGACCCUAGAGCUUUAUAACCCGGAAAGUAUGCUGAACACACCACCAGUUUCUUUUUCCGUGGUUAUAGUUAGAAUAUAUUUCUUUUCAUCUUUACUCAGAUUUGAGUAUUUAGAAACUGUCUUUCGGUCCUUUUCCUAGACGACGAGAAGGUAAAUGCGUGGCCAAAGUGUCCUCUAUUUGCUUUCUCAUAUUUUCGUCGUCUCUUGUGCUUAUAUAUUGUAAAAGCCAGAGAUACAGGAUGCAGCCAGAAAGCAGUUUAUUAACGAAAAGUCUUAGAUUAAAAUAUUGUUUAUUAUAUUUUUAUUUCAAUUAUUCUAAUUGUUUAAAAAGUAGUAAACUUUGUAUCUAGGGCUUUUCGUUGUUUUCCUCGUAUUGCGAGAUAUGUCGCUAGAUUGCGUCUCAAAAGGUGGUUUAUUGUAUCGCGAUGGUUUCCCUUAAAUAGGCAAGGUUGUUGUUAUUUGUUUCAGAGUUGUGACUUCAUAGCUUCACUGAAGAUGCAUGGGAUGCUGAAAUAGCUAUAUGGUCCAACUCUGAAUAAAAAAAAAACAAAAACUGCCUUUAUUCUUAGAAUAUAUUAUUACAACAAAAGAUUAUAAAAUGCAUAUCAGCCCUUUUCGGAAUUGUAUCCUUUCUCUAUUGAUUCUGUAAUCAUUUGAUUUUCUUUAACUAAAUUGAUGAUAUUUUUUCACCUCAUCAUAAACCAAUAUGCUAAGUUCGUUUUUUAGUACUGUUAACUUCAAAGGAAAUGUUAGUUAUGAUAAAUAUUAGGAAAAGUAGAGAGCAGUCAGAAAUGUUGAACAAGUUUGUUUGUUACAUAGAUUUUUUGUUAAAAUUUCUAGUCUCUUUAGCUUUUGAGUUAGUUACCAAUGAUAUUUACCGUAGAAGUGAUAUUUAUUUUUGUAUAUAGUCGAUGUUCAAUUUAUAUAUUGUGAUUUUUUGUAUAUAAUCUGAAUGAAGUUUAUUUUAUUUUUGCAUGAAAAUCAUUUGAUAUUUGACGUAUACAGUUUGCCCAAUGAAUAUAAUAUCAGAUAACCAGUAACAAUUAGAUGUAAGUAAUUAUACUCAUUAUAAAUAAAGCUGUCUCAUGUCUGAUAAUAUUUUGUUAAUAACUUUUGAAGGUUCUUGGAUACACAAAUAGUUAUACGCUCUGAGCUUCGCUGGUGUCGCUCCUAGCGGAUUACUAAUGCAACUUUCACCGGUAAUUUUUAAAUUUAUUAUUUAAUUGUUAUCGCUUAAUAUUUACAACGCAAAAAAGUAAUAAAAUUGUAAUCGAUUUUUUAAAGAUUUUGCUAAUCAUUUUAACGUUCUAUUAAUGAAAUAUUAAUUUCUUACUUCGGAUACUUUCACAAUUAUCGUGUAGAUGGCGCUUAGAUUAUUUUAUAAUUACAUAUUACGAAUUAUUAAAAAAACUUAAAUUCAGUAUUUAAAACGUAAGUAUAUUUAAGGUAAAAAUAUAAUAUACACCACAGCUUUGACCAACUAAUAUUAUUUCCUAUUAAUGUUUUUAAUUUCAAUGUUUUAAAUUAAUUACUUUGACAUUUAUGUCAAAUUUCCAGUAAAAGCUUACAGACUCGUCACUACUGGCGCUCGCGAAUUUUUAAUUAUCCCCUCUACCUACGAGCUCAUAGCGUAUACACUACUCAAAGAAAUUAACGCACCACCUUAAAAAUAAAAAUUGAAAUGACAAAGUAAAUAACCAACACGACCUAACCUCCAAUUCACACAAACACAAUAUGGUUCUUUUCAUGAGCAUUUUUCAGUGCGUCACAGUUUUUCGAUUUCUCUCUAACGCAUUAAAUUGUAUGUGACAGAAAAAAAUGCACGUCGCUGAUUACAUUUCGUCGGUGACAUUUAUAACAUUUAAUCUAGUUGUCAAUAGAUGGCGCUAAUAAUAUAACAUUAAAUAAUAUUAUAUUAUUCUAUAUAAAAAAAAUUUAAUCUGUACAAUUUAUAAGACUAUACAAAUCAAAGAAAAUACCAUUUUAUAAAUGCAAUAAACAAAAUUUUGAUUUCUUUUUUUACCAAAUUGCAAAUAAAAUGUGACAACUGUCAGAUUUAACUAAACUGUCAUGUUAGAAUAAAUGUCAUAAAUGUGUAUUUAUCACGGACUAACCUUUUUUUCUAUCAUUUGUGACGCACUGAAAAAUGCUCAUGAAAAGAACCAUAACAAAAAGAUGCGAGAAAUGCACUGGCAAUACUGCAAUAUUUUGUUAACUGAUAAUUCACUAAAAGUCACUAGAUUAUAUCAGAAUCUAUGCAUAGGGAGUUUGCUGUAUGGUUGGACAUUUAAAAGUUACUAGAACUAGAAUGACAUCAUUUCAUUAUUAUCGUAAAAAAAAUGUAACAAUUAGCCAUGUUUUUCAUCAAUACAGGGUGUGCGACAAACUUUAAAGGGUAAUUCUACAUGAAACAGAAAUGACAAUUUGCUUUAUAAACUUAUGUCCGCAAAUGCUUCGUUUCCGAGAUACGGAGUGUUGAAAUUUUUCUUACAAACUGACGAUUUAUUUAUUGCUCUAAAACUGGUUGAUAUAUUUGGUUGGUUUUAAGAGGCGCUUAUUGCGCAUUUUUCGAUAUACAAUUAAGAAUUUUAUAUUCACCAUUGGCGUGCAUACGGGUAAUAUGAUCCGUAUGCGCGGGUCAUAUUACCUUCUUUUUAAGUAAUACUCUUUUUUAUAUAUUCAUGUAACUCUCGUUAACAUGAAUUAACAGAGAAUUCUGUAGAAAGUUAGGACAAAAAGAUCAGUGUAGACAAGUUGUCAAAAAUGGACUUGGGAUUGGGUAGUUUACGAAUAUGUUCACCUUUGUAUGUGCAAUAUACGCUGUGAGUUCAUACGUAGAAGGGAUAUUUAAGGUUCGUGAGCGCCAGUAGUGACAAGUCAGUGAACUUUUUCUGGAAAUUUGACAUAUAUGUAAAAGUGAUUAAUUUAAAACAUUGAAAUUAAAAAUAUUAAUAGGAAAAAAUAUUAGUUGGUCAAAGCUGUGGUGUAUAUUUUUACCUUAAAUAUACUUACGUUUUAAAUACUGAAUUAAAAUUUUUUUAAUAUUUCGUAAUAUGUAAUUAUAAAUUAAUCUAAGCGCCAUCUACACGAUAAUUGUGAAAGUAUCCGAAGUAAGAAAUUAAUAUUUCAUAAAUAGAACCUCAAAAUGAUUAGCAAAAUCUUAAAAAAAUCGAUUACAAUUUAAUUACUUUUUUGAGUUGUAAAUAUUACGCGAUAAAAAUUAAAUAAUAAAUUUAAAAAUUUCCGGCGAAAGUUGCAUUAGUAAUCCGCUAGUUAGCGACACCAGCGAAGCUCAGAGCGUAUACUGAUAAUAUAUCGAUCGAUAGUGUUCAUAGUCAGACGAAUUAGUUCGUCUACCCAACUAUUUUUCCAUCCAAACUGUUGGCGGAUCAAAAUUAUGUGGUUAUUGUCCUCCGUUGUCUUGUUGUGUGCUGUAGCCUUUACUCUUGCUAUUAAGAUCUCUUUUUAUUCGCAGUGAAUUUGUAGACCCAAUUUACUAGAUUUUACAUAGAAAAUAGCAAGAGUGAAAGGCCAGCAUUUAUUUGAAUACAGUGCUGUAUGACGGAAAAAUGAUAGGUGGGAGGUUUGAGCUUAAAAAGUAAAUAAUAACCUAAAACAACUUAUUAUAUUGAGCUCCUUUGGAGUUUCGUGAUAUAUGAUGCAAUUCUUGUUUUGUUUUGAGAUUCUUGAUUCAUCAAGAUUUUUAUUUAAGUUUAAUAUUAAACCUUAACUAUGAUUCUCAUUUGUGAUAUUAUCAUUUCUUUGAAAAUACGUUUUAGUACAAUUUAUGUUGUGAUAAUGUCCUUAUUCUUGCCAAACUAUAUUUUUAUUGUAUUCAUUGGGAUAUACUGUAUAUAUUUUUAGGUAGAUAUAAUGGUGUGUUUGGAAAUGCGGGAGUAUUUACAUUACUCAUUAAUAGGCCCAUAUUUAAGUCAGCAUUCAUGUUAUAAUUAAAAUAUUGAAAACUUUCGUUUUUAGAAGUAUAGACCGGAGCAUUUAGGAAAAAAUAAAUCGAUUGUUAUACAGCACCUAUCGACUUGCAACUUUUUGCAUUGUGUUCGGGAUAACGCCAGGGAAAAAAUCUACAAUAGAAAAUGGGUGAAAAUGCAUAAUCAUCAUAAUCACGUAGCGCUAAAACCCUUUUUCCAAUUUGUUCAGUCUUCCAUCAACCUAGGGUCAAAUGGAAUGUUCAUUUAUCGGAGAUCUGCUUGGAUGUUAUCUCUCCAUCGCAUUCUGGGACGUCCGAGUGGUCUUUUACCUGUAAGAAUCUCCUCCCAUACCAGUCUUACAAGCCUCUCGUUAUGAAGUAUGUGCACGUGUCCUGCCCAUCUUAGUCGCUCUGUAUUAAUUUCUUGGACAAUCCUGUCUCUACGUGUCGUUGUAUUUAUACACAUAUAUUUCGUCUUCUUUUCAUUAAUCUUCAGCUCUGCUUCACUUGUUGCUCCUUCCACCUUGUUGAACAUGUCUUUUAUGGAUAGGAUGAAGUCUCCAACGAGAUCAAUGUCAUCUGCAUAUGCUAGUAAUAGGGAACCUUGAACCGAUAGCAAUUCUGUUUGUUUUUUUCGGUCGACCUCAUGGCUUUCUCUAAUACACGGUUUAAAAGUAGUGGAGGUAACGCAUCACCCUGUUUGAGUCCAUUGUUGAUUUCAAAGCUGCCAGACAGUUUAUUAUUUACACGUACUUUAGCUAUUCCACCCUGCAUACAGACUUUGGUCAUCCGAAUUAGUUUAUUUGGUAUUGAGAACUUCGCCAUGGCAUUCCUUAUUUGGCUUCUUUCUAUACUAUCAUAUGCCUGUCGAAAGUCUGUGAAGGGAUUGUGUAUGGGUCUGUUAUACUCCAAGCCCUUUUCUAGAAGCUGCCUCAGCGUGAAUAGUUGAUCUAUUGUUGAUCUGUUUGCCCUAAAACCGGCUUGAUAUUCUCCUAGGACAUUUUCAGCAUAAGGGGUUAGUCUACUAAGCAUGAUGAUUGAGAGGUUUUUAUACACCGUGUUUAUGAGUGAAAUUACUCUAUAAUUCGCGCAUUUUGUUUUGUACCCUUUUGUGUGGAUGGGCACUAUGAUGUUUUCCUUUCAUCUUGCUGGUAUCUUUUCUUCUAACCAUAUAUACCUUAUUAACUGGUGGAUUUGGCGAUGUAGUGCGUCUUCCCAUAUUUCAGAAAUUCUGCUGGUACCUCGUCCGUACCCGGCGCUUUGUGAUUUUUCAGCUUAUUUAAGACCUGUUGGGUUUCUUCAAAAGAGGGAUUUUGAGAGGAUAUAGAUCUCUUCUUUGUGCUGUUCUUCCUGUAUGUUUUAGAAGGUACACAAGAUGCAGCCAAAAGUGCAUAAACGUGUCAAAAUCAGUAUAUUGAGGGUCAGGUUUUGUUACUCGGGGGUUUUUAGGGUAGCUAAACAUGAAACGUCGUCAAAACCGACACCCGAAGCACCUGGUGUUCAGGGUCACUGCUGAGGCACGUAAUCUUCUGGAGUUUCGAUGGUUUUCGGCAUUGAAUUGAUGCAAACAGAUUACUCGGAAAGUUUUUGAGAUUGUUAACACGAAUAUGACAUCAGAACCAACCCACAGGGCACCUAGCGCGAACCGUGACUGCUAUGCACGUCAUCUUCUGGUACACCUUCUGCACACUAAAUGGAUGCAAAGGGAGCACUCGGGGGUUUUCGAGGUUGCUGAUUACGAUUAUGACAUAGGUGAAGGCCUCUGGAAUGCCGGAAAUCCUCGAAACUUAGAACAUGACGUGUCUUAGCAGUAACUCUGGGCACCAGGUACUCAGGAUAGGUAACAGCGUCUUCAUGAUAGGUAAAACACUGAAAUAUAAUUGGGGUUUGCUUAGUAAAAAAUUUUUGUAACGCCAUCCGUUUUCAAGAUACAGGGAGUUGAAGAAAAAAAAUUUACACAUUUUUUAGGAUUUUGUUGAAACUACUGGCAACAUUGUAAUGAAAUAUGGUGGGUUUUAAGAGGUGGUUAAAUAUAAAGUAGGUACGUGUAAUAUAAAGUACACCACCGAGAUAUUUCAAAUUAAAAAUCAUUUUUGAAUUCCUCGUUUAAUUUUUGCGACAAAAAUAUAUCUUCCCUUUUUUUCAUUCGACGCGCCGUUUUCAUUCAAAAAAUAAAAUAUCUUCUGCGUUUAAAUUUUUCAAAAAUACCUAUUAGUUUUCUCAGGGUUCGAAAAUAAUGAAUGCAUUUAAAUAGCAUUGGACCAAGAUUUUGCAUUUAUCCCCUUAACGCUUCGAAAGUAUUCGUUGUAAGUUUCUCUCUGAUGGAUAGAAACUUAUUUCGAAUACUUUAUAAGGCUUAAGAUAUUUUAUUUAUUUUUUAAAACGGCUCGUCAUAUAAAGAAGGGAAGAUAGAUUUUUUGUCAAAAAUUGAACGUGGAAUUUAAGAAUGAUUUUAAUAUGAAAUAUCUCGGUGCGGUGGCGUACUAUUUUUUUUUUCUCCAAAAAUUCAGACCAUUACCCGUAUGCGCGCCAAUGGUCAAUAUAUUUAUAUAAUUCUUAAUAUAUGUCCAAGAAUUCACAAUAACUACGUCUUAAAACCACCAAAUUUCAUUACCAUGUUGCCAGUAGUUUCGGCAAAAUAGUAAAAAUGUGUAAUUUUUUUUCUUCAACGCCCUGGAUCUUGAAAAUGGGUGGCGUUACAAAGAUUUUUUGGUAACCCCUUAUUGCACAAUAUUUUUGAAAAAGACCAGCCCAAAAAAUCAAUUUAUUUUUAAUGUUAAAAGCUAUCCUAGCGGGCAGGUCAGCCCAACUAGUACUUGCAUUUAUCCGAUUACUGAAAUAAUCGUCACGAAACUGUCACUGGACGAUUACAAUUUUUGUUGGAAUAAUCGGAAGGACGAUGCGAUGGACGAUCAUUAUUUUGUUGAAACGUAUUUCUUUACUGCGCAGGAGCGUGAUAAAUAUAUUGAAAAAUGAACCAAUCAGAAUAUGAAUACGCAAAUUUUGUCAGAAAGCGUCUCACAAAGAAGGGAUAAGUCGUAACUGAUCAGUACAAAAAGGAUUAUAUUUUAUAUUUGAAUAAGUAAGAGUUAUAGCAUUAUAGCUUAAAAUCCCAUGUAAAUGAUAAAUAGCAAUAAAAUGAUUGUUUUUUUUUGUUUUCACAUUAUUUUCAAUUCUCGAUUGCAUUCGAGUGUGAAAAAUUAUAGGAGCAUAAAGUACAAUGCCGCUCGAAUUAUCUCGAGUGUGCAGUUUGGCGCGCUCGAGUUAACUCGAGCGUGCACGUUAAGGGGUUAAGGAAACCCCAAUUAUCUUUCAGUUUUUUACCUAUCCUAGAGAUGAUGUUACCUUUUUUUGAAGCAUCCUGUAGAUGCAGUUAAAAAAUGUUACGUUUGAAUACCUAUGUGGUAAUUAUUACUAAUAACUCAUGUAGUUUUCAAUGUUUUACUCGCAUGAAAAAUAACUCUGGGUGUUUUAAAAGUGUUCAUAAUUGUUAAGAUAUUUGAAAAUGUUUUUAUCGUAUCAAAAAUGUUUCUAAAAUAACUGUUUAUGAAAUAAAUGUACACUACAUCAGAUUUAUCGGAAAAUCUUACAGACAACAUAGACUUUUGUAAAUGAUAGAUCUAUAUAUUUAAAAGCUGUAUGUAGUACCUAGAAUAUUAUUAAAAUGGAUGAAUACUCCCUGUUUACUGUUUGAAUUAAAGAUGUGAUAGAGGAAUAGAACAAUAAAGUUUAUUCUUGUCA